AUGACCUCAACCUUCUAUCUCGAUGACACCCCAGCGGAGGUGAAGAACGCUAAGGGGCUCCACCUGAUCACCACGUCGACUCCAAACGGCCAGAAAGUGCAGAUUUACCUUGAGGAAUUGAAGGAGUUGUAUGGCGUCGAAUACACUAAGACGAUCAUUGACCUUAGCACCAAUGACCAGAAAAAAGACUGGUUCUUGAGACUCAAUCCAAAUGGACGAAUCCCGGUCCUCGUCGACAACACCAAAAACCCGCCUUUUCCGGUAAUGGAGACCGCAGCCGAGCUGCUUCACCUCUUCAAAGAAUGCGACAAGAAGCCUGAGUUCGGCUUCACAGACGAUGUUGGGCGGAGUGAAUGCUUGCAAUGGCUCUUCUUCUGGCAUGGCAGCGUAAUGAACCUCCUAGCGCCGAUAACAUCCUCUGUGCUAACAAAUCGCCAGGGCCAACCAAUUCAAGGCCAAUUGAAUUGGUUCUCCAAUAAUUUCAAGGACGACGCGGUCGCUCUCAAUCGUUUCAAAAACGAAGUCCUCCGCAUCUACGGCGUCCUUGAGAUCCAUCUCUCGGGCAAAUACACUGGCCAGGUCAAAGAAUACCUCGCCGGCAUAGGCGCGGGUAAAUACUCUGUCGCAGACAUCUCCACUUGGCCGUGGUUGAAUGCCUGGAACAGCAACGGCCAGAUCACCCAGCAGGAAAUGGACCAGUUCCCGCAUCUGCUGAAGUGGAUUGAGCGCAUCAGGCAGCGGCCUGCAGUGCAGCGAGGCAUCGAUCCAAAGACUUGGACGGUGUAA